UACCCGUCGCAGACAGAAAAUUUAAGUCUCGCUUGUCGACAAGCUGCAUGAGAUGGGUCUCUGAUUAUCUAGCUCGCAAGUCGAAAGGAUGAAAGGCUCUAGUCUCAGGUGUCCGAAGCCUGAAAGCCACAGCUUUUUUGAAACCUGACAUGUAGCUAUGAACAAACUCUUACAAGGCUAUUCCAACACAGCAGACAAAAAUCAGCCAUGCAGUCAGAUCCUGCUUUGUUAUUGUCGACUGGCUUCUUCCCUCAUCCAGCGUCUAGGAGGCAUCUGUAGCUUUUCAAGAGCGUGGCUGGUGCUUUUUGACGACUCAUCCCAGUACCAUGCUGCUUUUCGCUCGACUCAUCGCUGCGCUCAAUCCUACCAAGUACCAUGCUGCUUUUCGCUCGACGCAUCGCUGCGCUCAAUCCUACCCAGUGCCAUGCUGUUCUUCGCUCGACCGCUCUACGUUCACUUCUCCAUGGUUCGACGAGUUCGAUGCGAUGCGGAUCCGCUUCUUUUCCAACAACACCCCGGCAUCUCACUGUCGGUCUCUUCUUCCAUCUCAGUCACACGCCUACCUUUAUUCCGUCGCUUUGCUCAGCGCCUUUCCAUCUUCAUCAUCAUGUCUGUCAAGCACAAGUCUCACGGAGACGGCCCGUCUGUCGUCUGGGCUGCCACCAAGAUCUCUCUCUCGUCUUCGGUCACUUUGAUCCUCAAUCAGCACAAGUCUCUUAUGACAUGCACACUAACAGACGAAGAGCUUGUUCUUCUCGCACUUGCGGACUCCGCAGACAAGAGUCUCAAGGUUACUCACAUCGGCGAAUUCAUCAUAACCAGAGUCAGAUACUACACAACGCAGUCAGCCAAGUAUUUCUUUGCAGCAAUGUCCGGUCACUCUGCAGGUUACAGUGUGCUUUCUCUUGCUGCACGUACCCGAGAGUAUGACCCUUUUUACUCGUCCGAUCCAAAACACUUUGCUGACCUGGCUUCUAGGUACUUGUGCAGCUACGGCAUUCCUGUCCACGUCGAGCUCAACGAGCACAAUCAGAAGGUGCAUACAACUUUCAAACUGUCUCUUAUCCUGCACCAUCACACGUGUUUGUGACGGUUUUCAGGAUACUCUGAACCAAGAAGCAUGCUAACCGUAUCGUUC